AUGUCGUACAGAAACUAUUAUGACUCGUCCGCUACAUAUGGCAAAAACCGAGAUUCUACCAGAACCUCUAGUGUCUCUACAGACCGGCCAACCACUGUCACUGCCAAGUAUACAUCUACUCCUUCGUACAAGUCAUCCAGCAUUCCUGUGCUUAAUGACCGCUCCACUCGAGAAGAAACACCAAUAUCCACCAUCGCAAAUCGUUAUGCAAGCUACAGCAAAACCACGACUGCUGACAAGCCGACUUCCAAAUACGAAAAAAAAGAUUACUCCAAGCUUUCCGUUCCGUCGUUGUAUACGACUCGAAGUAGAGAUGUAAGCCCAGUCCCAAUAUCUAAAUAUAGUAUCAAUCGAACAUCUAACAUUUCGAGACAGACCAGUCCAGAGAGAAGAACAGCUAAGAAUUUUAAAGAAAAAGGCCAAGACUUAAGUCCUGCAGAUCGCGACAAAGACAUUCCAAUUAAGACUGAUAAGACAACAAAUUACAGUAGUCUAUCGAAUUAUAAACUAUAUCCACGAACGCCAAGUUAUUCUAAGCCAAAUCCUACCACCAGGAUAGAUAGUAAGCCUGAAGUCACUGUAAACCGAUAUGCUAUAGCCAAUCGUUUAGCAUCAUCGAGCUACUUAAGAAGUCCAACGCUUAUAAAGAGGAGUUCUGUUUCACCUAUUAAUCACUUAGAAAUAGUGAAGCCAGACAAUGAACGACAUAAGAUCACAAAUAGUAUAGUAGAGGAAAAAAUAGAAAAACACGAUGAAAACAACACAGACUGUACUCGGAAUGGCACUGAAAUUAUUAUUGAUGAGAACGAUGAUGUAGAAAAAGUUUCAGUUAUAACCAGACAUACAUCACCAACGCCACCUGGUUCAUCUGCAUAUGUAAGAAUGCGAAGAGCUGAUAUGGCUAAAACAGUGGAAAAAAUUAUUACUCGAGCAAGAAAAAGACCUGAAAUGAUAGAUAAAGAAAUACAAUCUGAUCGACUCGAUGACCCAACACGAACUAGUAGAUUUGGUAGUACAAGUAGAACUAGUAUGACAAAUUGGACUUAUUAUUCACCUAAUUCUACAAAUUAUACAGGUUAUGCAGGAAGAUAUUCAACACAGUAUUCAAAUCUAAGAGAAAGUUGCAACAAUGAUAGAAGUAGCCGAAGUCGAAGCAAAGAGCCUGUACCAACAGACAAUAAAAAUUGUAACAUAGAAGAAAGGGAUACUGAAUUAUCUAUAACGACUAACUAUGUAGAUUAUCAUGCGAAUGAAGGCAGUCCAAUACUUGAGCAAAAAAAGGAUGAUGAUACUUCUGAAAUUAUAAUUAAUGUGAAUCUUAAGUUAAAAAAAUCAAGUAAUCCUCAAUCUGCAAUAACAUCUACAGAACUAUUGACACCUGAAAUAACUGUAACUAAUAAUCAUCAGCUACCACCCCAACCACCAAAGUCAGAAAGUGCUAGUAAAAUUAAAAAAACAAAAAUUCGCAAGUCUAGCACAGAUUCUUCUUCUGAUUCAACAUCCUCUAAGAAAGUUGUGAAGAAAAGAAGCAAAUCAGUAAGUUCUACUGAUUCAGACCAAAGUUGUGAUAAAAGUAAUAAGUCUAAAAACUCAAAUAAAACGUCUUCAAAGGGCUUAAACAGAACUGUUUCUACUACAAAUAUUUCCAAUGGUCCUUCAAAACUAAAGUAUUCUCAAUCUAGAGAAAGUAAUAGUCCAGAAUCUAGUAUAACUUUAUCAACACAAACUUCUAUAAGCGAAGAUGAAACUGUAUUAAAAUUAAAAACAAACGAUGUAACUGAGACGUCAGUAGAGCCAAAGAAUGAAGGUACGGAAGAAGCUAAAUCAUUUUUAAUUAGAGCUUUAGCACCUGUUACUAACCUGUUUAAGCUUAGACAUCAUGACAAUACUGAAACUACACGUUUAAUAGAUAGUAAUUCAUCGGAAUCUCCAAAUAAAGACACUACAAAUUUAGUGAUUGAUAAUGGCUCAACUAAAAAUAAUACUAAUAAUAUAAUUGCAUCUAAUGAAGAUAGCUUAGUAAAAUUGAAAGCCAUAAGACCCAUUGAAUCAGGAGACAGAAGUUGGUGGUUAGAAUCGGAUGUUGAUAAGAAAAAAGUUAAUGAUAAGGAGAAACGCCAAGAAUCAUGCAAAGAAAACCAAUCGCUACUUUCAAAUUCUCCUGAAACAAACGAUUCAAAAGUUCCGCUCCGGUUAAAUUGUUUCGCAGAUGACGAAAAACCUUGGUGGCUAGAUAGUAAUGCAAAUAUUCCUGAAGGAAUUGAAAGACUCACUCCUCCCAGGAAGUCUUCAAGUGACAGUGACAAAAGCGAAAAAUUUAACUUCUUUAAAAUAAGACAAAACGAGUCAGGAGAUCGAAAGGAAUGGAGAUUAGCAAGUAAUGAUAAUACGCAAAGUAUUAACAGACAAGAUUCUCAGAACAGUUUGAGUUUGAGCAAGUCUAGUUCUGAUCAAAGAAAUUUCCAGCAAAGGCGCAUACGACAUAUAGAAUCUGGAGAACGUCCUUGGUGGUUGUCUAGUGAUAAAAAUAUUCCAGAAGGGAUUGAAAAGCUGCCGACGCCACCACCUCAAUCAGACAGCGACUCUUCAGAUUCCGAAGAAGUACAGGUAUACAUACCGACAAGCCAGAUUCCGCCUUUCCCUCUGCAUCUACCCGAUGAUGAACCACUCGGCGAUAGAAGAAGCCCUGAAGGCUUAGAAACUCCCAACCACGAUUAUAGAAUAGGACGCAGCUCGCCCUACGAAAAUAAUCGCCAAUAUCGACGUGAUUCAGUAAAUUUGCCAUACCAAAAAGGAUCUGAAAAAUACAUAUCACGUUAUACCGACAUCGAUGACAUAUUGGGUACUUCAGGCCACAUUUACAGUCCAUUCAUGGACUCCAUAUUGGCCCGAAGAACUGGUCAGCUACAUUUUGACAACGACGAAUGUGAGGAAAUAGACCCCACCCAAGUACGGAUCCACGACAGCACCGCGCAAAUGCCUGUUAUCAAAAAACUCCGAAGCAGAAGUGAAAUAAUUGACUACAGGGAUGAGGACCAGGUAUGUUUAUUCUUAGCGAGAUUUACAUAUUAUUCUGAU